AUGGCCGCUGCCGUCGCUAGCCGUGCUCUCCUUGCCGCUCCGGCUGUUGCCGUUGCCAAGGCUCAGACCAAGAGGGCUUUCUUCGGCAACAUUGCUGGUCUGGCACCCGUUGCCCGCCGCUCCACCCCCGUGGUGAAGUCCCUGGCCGUCAAGGCUGAGACCAACUACCAGGUCAUUGAGCCCCUCAAUGGCGACCCCUUCGUCGGUGGCCUCGAGACCCCCGUGACCUCUGCUCCCCUGGUCGCCUGGUUCCUGUCGAACCUCCCCGGCUACCGCACUGGUGUGAACCCCCUCCUCCGCGGUGUCGAGACUGGUCCUCUCCGCGGCACUGAGGUUGGCCAAGUCGCCGGUACCCUCGGCGCUGCUGCUCUGGUCGCCAUCCUGUCCAUGUGCCUGACCGUGUACGGCAUUGCCUCGUUCAAGGAGGGUGCUCCCUCCACCGGCUCCACUCUGACCCUCAGCGGCCGCACGAAGGAGGCUGACAAGCUCCAGACUGCUGACGGCUGGGCUUCAUUCGCUGGCGGCUUCUUCUUCGGUGGCCUGUCGGGUGUCGCCUGGGCAUACAUCCUGCUCUACGUUCUGGACCUGCCCUACCCCGUCAAUCGACCAUUUUCACUCGCUUCUUUUCCCUCCCUUUCCCAACCAAACCUGCAGAAACAAUUGUUACUCCCCAACCUGCCUCGAGUUUUGCCAGGUGAGGUUUCUCACCCGUUUCUUUGCCAUCCCCCUGAUGUUUUGCGUUCACUGUGGCCCCCCUCCCUUCCUCUCACACACGAACUCACUCUGUCUCUCUCCCUCUGUGUUACCACGUGCUGCCUUGCUCCUCUUGCCCGCCCGCCUAUCGUCCAUUCUCCCAGCGUCUCACAUUUGCCCCCUCCCCUCCCAGCGUCCACACUCUUCCCAGCAGAUGAGCCAGCCGCUGGGGUCUCUUUUCUGCCAGCCCCUUCCACGAGAGAAGGCAGCAGCGCUGCAACAUCGCAAGCAGCAGCCGGGAUUGAAGACACCACCACAGCUGACAUCGAAAGUACAAAGAUUGCUCACGGCUCCGAUGACAGCAGUAACGUCAGCAGUAAUACCCCGGUGGUAAGGUUAGGAGGAGGGCGUGCGCAUGAAGUGCUGCCACCGAGGGAGCUUGGCCGCGAGGAGACGAGAGGGGAAGAGACAGGGAGUGGAGCUUUUGUGGGUCGAGUGAAUGGUGAAGGGGGAGUGACAGAGGAAGGAGUGCGUGUGGUGGAUGCUACUGGGGAGAAAGAUACUGGGCAAGGGGAGGAGGGAGAGGGAAGGGAAAGAGAAGAAGAAGGAGGAGGAGGAAGGGUAGGAGGAGUAGCAGGAGGAAGGGAGCGAGGAGUGUUGGAAGGUUCAAAAAAGAAGACAAAGGCAUGGAGAGAAGGGCGGAAGAGGGUGAAGAAGCGGAGAGUGAGAAGGAUUCGUGAGAGGAGAAAGGAGAGGAAUAGAGGGAGGAUGCAAGGCAUGGAGGUGGAAGGAGAUGAAAGAGACGAGCGCACAGGUGGAGGGAGAGCAGCAGCAACGUCAGCAGUGUCGGCAGAGGCAGAGAGUUUGGAUGCUGAUGUUGGAGAAGCGGUGGUGGUGGUUGGAGAGCAGCACAAUGAGGAUGUUCGGAGCUUUGGCAUUGGUGGUGGUGGUGAUGGUGAUGGGGAGAAAAUAUAUGCUGAUGAUGAGGACGAGGGGAGUAGCCCUGUGAAUGGAGUAGUGAGGGAGGUUGAGGAGGAAGGGAAGGAGGUAAAAAUGGGGGAAGAGAAGGAGGAAGAAAAAGGGGAAGGGAAGGAGGAUGAAGAGGGGGAAGGGAGGGAGGAAGGGAAGGUGCAAGGGACGGACGAGGGAAAGGAGGACGAAAAGGAGGAAGGGAAGGAGGACGAGGAGAGGGAGGAAUGGAAGGGGGGGGUAGGGGAGGGUAGAGUGGAGGAGGCCGCUGCAAGGGGUGAUGACAGGAAUGAUCCAGCAGAGGAGGAGGAGGAGGGGGAAACGAAGCAGGGCUUGCAUGAGAAUAAUACUACUACUACUAGAGGUGAGGAAGGUGGUAAUGAAGGGGAAGGAGGGGCUGAUGUGGAUGAUGACGAGGAAGAAGACGGCAAAAUAAGGGAAGAAUGA